AUGGCGGCGGCGCUGCCUCCGUCACGAAGCGCCAUGACCAGCCACCACAUCAGCGACAAGGGGGCCUCCGAGGCGGCGCCCGCCGACGUCGGGGCCACGGCCGCGGUCGCGACCUCCUCGUCGUCGACGGCGGCGGCGGGGCUUGAUCUUCCUCCCUCCAGAAGGCGGAUGCCGCGCGCCGGCGACGUCGUCGGCAAGAAGCCCCGGUCGACGCUGCCGGUGGACCUCAUCAACCGCAUCGCCCGCUGCUUCCUCCACACCGGCGACCUCGACUACUACAUGGGCUACCGCGCCGUCUGCCGCUGCUGGCGCUCCGCCACCGACGACCCCAGGGGGGCGAGCGCCCGGGACCCCCGCUUCCGCCCCCGCCACUGGGCCAUGCUCGACGAAGUCUUCCAGACCGACGCGCGCCUCUUCGCCAACGCCGCCACCGGCCGCUUCCUCCGCAUGGACCUGCCGCUGCUCGGCCGCGGCCGCCGCUACCGCCUCGUCGCCAGCGCCCCCGGCGGCGACCUCGUGCUGGCCGAGGCGAGCCCCCCCGCACGCGGUGCGCGUCCUCAACCCGUUCACCGGCGCCGCGAAGCGCGGCGCCACGACGCGCUUCGCGGCGCCGCUGCCUUGCGAGGACGGGUUCGAUGCCCAUGUCAUCGGCGCUUCGCCCACCCUCGUCCUGCUCGCCGACGACUCCGCCAAGGUCUACUUCGCCGACCCCGACAGCGAAGGCUUCUCCGUGUUCGAGGAGAGCUACGCGUGCGCUCUCAUCAGGCUGGCCGUCGUCGGUGGCCGCUACGCCGCCGCCGGCGAGCUAGGGUCGGUGGCGUCGAUCCUGGUCCCCGAGGCCAUCAAGACGGGGCUCCCUCUCGCCGUCAAAAUCACAAACACAUGUCGCGCGAACCCCGCGUUCCGUUGCUUCGUGGUGGAAUCCGCGGGGGAAGCGCUGCUCAUCUUCAAGAUGGACAGAAAGAUCGUGCAGAUUUACAAGAUGAGCACGGGAGGGGUGAAGGAGAUCGAUCGCUGGAGGAGGUGAAGAGCAUCGGCGGCGGCCGCGCCAUCUUCGUCGGCGCCACCAGGUGCAUAUCCAUCAACGCGGAUAAGUUCAACGCCAUUGAUGGCAACCGAAUCUACUACCAGGAGCGCGACGACCUCACAUCCGCGGACAUCUACAUGUAUGAACUCGAGAGCGAGGAGACGACCAAGAUCGGCGGAGCCAUAGAUUCGUUGAAUCCCGUCUUCCUCGUUUCUACUGAACCUCCUUUCAGUCCAAUUCAGCUCUUCUGCAGCUACGCCGACGAAGCACUGAGGUUCCGACUGGAGUGGGAGAAAAUAGUGCAAAGCCUCCCUGAGCGGCUUCCUGAUGACAUUAUGGCUUCCAUGGGUGCUGACCUGAUGGGUGAUUUUGAAGACGAAUUCGAGGAUUUUGAAUAUGAAUUCAACGAUUGAUUCGUUCAACGUUUUCUGUGCUCUCUGUAGAUCUAUCUGGAGUUCUACCAGGAGUACUAGCUAGUGUUUACUCUGCUCAAGAAGCAGAUAUAUUAAGCUUAUUUUGGCUUUGGAUGUGGCUCUGCAGUAUAUCUGCAGUUCAACUCCUACUUAAACAUAUCCUCAGGAUGUAUUGCCGCUGGAGAUCUGAAAAAAUAGCACUCGUGGGUUAGGAAAAUUGAUCUUUUGGGUGUUUUUGUGUGGAACUUGGGUAGAAGAUGUUGCUAGAUGCAAGCUCCUGUGAUGGAAUUAGUGUUGGUAUGUUUCCUAUUGUUUUUAGGUUGGGCUUGUAAUUAACCUCUGUAAUGGACGUCUAGGCUUUCUUUCAAAGCCGGAUCGUGAUGAUCUUUCAUCUAAAAACACCUAAAAUAUAUCGUAUGGAAUAUUUGAAAUGCUA